CACUGCCUGCCCUGCCGUCAGCCAGACACCGCACGCUGUAUGUGACGCUCCCACUGCCGACAGUCAGGGAAGACUCCAGUCCGGCUCGCACACAAAUCUGCACCAGGUUUGAAAAAUCACUCGGACCUGCUGAAGUAAAACCUUAACAAGAACAACUGCCUUCCGAAUCAAAAUCUGCAGGGAGCCGGCUGGUGAGGGCCACAGGCAACGAUGGGCCGUGGUGGGCUCGGUGCUGCUGGUAGCACCUUAGUGCUAGAGAUAAGGAGAAAGCCGUGAGGAUCAGCACCAGCCCUUCGGAGAAGAGAGAACUUGUCGGAGGAUGUCCUAUCUGGAUGAAUAUGGCUCAUUCAAGAAUUAACUCUCUAUUCAUCUUCUACCUCAGUUUUUUGCUGCUCCUCCAUUUAAGAAAGUCACUUCCCAUGAGAAAUGAUUCCAGGUGCCUGUCAAACUCCUGCCCAAAGAACUCUACAUGCAUUACUGGUCACAGAGACGAUAUCUGCCGCUGUAUGGACAUGUCACUUGACACUAUGGAGGAACUCUGCAACAGAACCUCUGAUCCUUGCUCCUCAAACCCUUGUCUUCAAAAUGCUACCUGUUUAAGUUCUGCUGGAAACCUCAAUUUCACUUGCGAGUGCCCAGCUGGGUACAACGGGACCACUUGUGAAAUAGCCAUCAGUAUGUGUGACUCCAACUCCUGCGAACACGGAGGCACGUGCCUUGACGGCCUGGCUGGGCCCACCUGCCUCUGUCGUGCAGGAUACACAGGUACACACUGCGAAAUGGAUGUUGAUGAGUGCAUUUCGGAACCAUGCCACAACGGAGCGGUGUGCAGGGAUGGGGUUGAUGAAUACUCCUGCUACUGCGUCCCAGGCUACCAAGGCAAGCACUGCGACCUGGAGGUGAAUGAAUGCGUGUCAGACCCAUGCCUGAACGGAGCAACGUGUCUCAACCUCAUAGGGAGGUAUUACUGCAUCUGUCCACUUGGCUACACAGGUGCCAACUGCGAGCUGGAGGUGGACGAGUGCCAGUCGCGGCCGUGCCAGAACGGCGCCACCUGCCGCGACGCGCCGGCCGCCUUCUCCUGCUCCUGCGCUCCCGGCUUCCGCGGCGCCUUCUGCCAGACGGACGUGGACGAGUGCGCCAGCGGCCCCUGCCUGCACGGAGCGCGCUGCGCCGACCGGCCCGGGGGGUACACCUGCAACUGCACCGGCACCGGGUUCAUGGGCCUGCACUGCGACACCCUCGUACCCCCGUGCUGGUCACAGCCAUGCUACAACAAUGCCACGUGUGAGGACCGUGCUGAUGGAUACACCUGCCACUGCUGGCCAGGCUAUACCGGCUCCCGCUGCGAGACUGACAUCAACGAGUGCAGCAGCGCGCCGUGCGCCGCGGGCCGCUGCCUGGAGCGCUCCUGGGCCGCCCGCUACGGCCACGAGCCCGCGCUGCCGCCGCCCUUCCGCCACGACCGCGCCGAGGGCUACGUGUGCGCCUGCCCGCCGGGCAUCCGCGGUAUUCACUGUGAUGAAGACAUCAACGAAUGUUACACGAACCCUUGCCAAAAUGGUGGCAUCUGUGAGAAUUUUCCUGGGAAUUACACUUGCCAUUGCCCACCUGCAGACAAAGAAGGGAUUUUUUACGGCGGCUGGAACUGUACAGAAAUCCUCUAUGGCUGUACUGAUCAACAAUGCCAAAAUAAUGGAAUAUGUAUCCCACAUUUAAAAAAUGGCCAUCAUGGAUUCAGCUGCAUAUGCUCACCUGGAUAUACUGGAAUACACUGUGAAACUGUAACUACAUUUUCUUUUCAAGGAAAUGGUUUCCUUUGGUUGAAGAAUCCCACAACCACUAAAGAGGAAUCUUCCUAUAAUAUAAACCUGAGGUUUCAGACUGUGCAACCAACAGCCUUUCUGUUUUACCGAGGGGAGAAAGACACAUUUGUGAAGCUGGAGUUGCUGAAUGGCUACUUACAUUUGUCUGUGCAAGUCAAAAACCAGCCACGGGCUCUUUUGCAUAUUUCACAUAAUGUCAGUGAUGGAGAAUGGCAUUCAGUGGAGGUAACCUUGGCAAGAGCUGUUACACUUAAUUUACUUGACAGCUCUUGUGCAGAAUCAUGUGUCAAUAAAACUUCUGCUAUGAUAGAUAAUGAUCACGUGAGGCUUGCAUUUCAGAGCACAUUUUUGGGCAGCUUACCAGUGGGGAACAUUAGCAGCAGCUCUCUGCUUAACACCAGUAAUAUACAUUCUACACCUUCAUUUGUAGGCUGUCUGCAGGAUAUUGAAAUAGACUUGAAUGUUAUUACUCCAGAGAAUGCAUCACCUGAAUCCUCUUUAAAUGUCGAGACAGGAUGCAGGAAGAAGGACUGGUGUGAAAACGACCCCUGCCAGAACAGGGGCCGCUGUUCCAACCUGUGGCUGAGUUACCACUGUGACUGCUACCGGCCGUACGCAGGGCCAAGCUGCGCAGCAGAGUAUAUUCCAGGCCGGUUUGGAUCUGAGGACUCCCCAGGCUAUGCUGCUUUUUCUGUUGAUGCUACUGAGAAUGAAAAUCUGAAUAUAUCAAUGUUUGUCCGAACACGCAAAGCUUCUGGCUUGUUACUGGCUUUGAGAAACAGUACCUGUCUCUACAUAAGAGUCUACCUAGAAGGUGGGAAACUCGCAAUGCUAGCUUCAAAUUCCAUAAAGUUAUUAGGGAAACAUUCUAUAAAUGAUGGAAAUUUCUACUUAAUAACAAUAAAAAUAGAACCAAAUAUGCUGGAAUUAUUCCAGUCCUCUCAAUACUUAGGCUUUAUUUCUACUCCAGUACUAACUACCAAAAGUAAGGACUUUCUUUACAUCGGAGGCCUGCCAGAUAACAGAGAAACUGAUAGAAAUGGCGGGUAUUUCAAAGGCUGCAUCCAGGAUGUAAGAGUGAACAACCAGCCACUGGAAUUCUUCCCCAUCACCAAUUCAAUGAAUUCUUUUAUCAACCGAACCCUGAUCAAUGUCACCCAAGGCUGCAGUGGUGACAACCUCUGCAAGUCCAGUCCUUGCCACAACGGUGGUGUAUGCUAUUCAAUCUGGGAUGACUUCACUUGCACAUGCCCCCCCAACACAGCAGGGAAAGCUUGUGAGGAAGUUAAGUGGUGUGAGCUUGGGCCCUGUCCUCAUGAAGCACAAUGCAAGCUGGUGCACCAAGGAUUUGAAUGUCUUGCUAACGCAGUGUUUAGAGGCCGAAGCAGCGCUGUAUUUUACAGAAGCAAUGGGAAAAUCAGCAGAGACCUCACCAAUAUCGUGUUUGGCUUUCGAACUAGGGACACAAAUGUGAUACUGCUGUAUGCGGAGAAGGAGCCUGAGUUUGUUAUCAUCAGCAUUCACAACUCCAAACUGGUCUUUCAACUGCAAAGCGGCAACAACUUUUACAUGCUGACCCUCACUAGCUUGCUGCCCGUGAGCGAUGGGAAGUGGCACCAAGUCAUGGUCUCCAUGGUGGAGCCCCUGUCUCAGUUCUCGAGGUGGCACAUGGAUAUUGAUAACAAGGACACUACAACCAGUACAACUGCUACAGGAAGCCUCAACUUUCUACGGGAAGAGACAGACAUCCAUGUGGCUGACAAGGCUUUUGACAAUUUGGAUGGCCUGCGAGGAUGCAUGAGCACCAUAGAAAUCAGUGGCAUUUAUCUCUCCUACUUUGAAAAUGCUGACGUCCUUACUAAAAAACCUCAAGAGGAACAAUUUCUCAAAAUAUCUGCAAACCCUGCUCUUACUGGCUGCUUGCAGGAGGAUGCCUGCAGCUCAGAGCCCUGCAUGCACGAGGGGACAUGUGAAGACCUGUACACCUCCUAUCGCUGCAUGUGUCCCCCAGGGUGGGCGGGCACCCAUUGUGAGACCAACAUCGAUGAGUGCUUCUCCAACCCCUGCAUUCAUGGAAACUGCACAGACGGGAUCACCUCUUACGAGUGCGUUUGUGAACCCGGCUACACAGGGUUAAACUGUGAAGAGGACAUAGACUACUGCCGUGGUCACCAGUGUGCAAACGGGGCCACCUGCAUAGAUGGGAUUAAUGGAUAUUCAUGCCUGUGUGCUGGUAACUUUACUGGAAAGCUUUGCAGAUAUCGAAGAUUACCCUAUACAGUUUGUGGGAAUGAAGAUAGAAAUCUCACCUGUUACAAUUAUGGCAACUGUACUGAUCUUGGAGGCAAGCUGGCCUGUGCGUGCCUGCCAGGAUUUGCUGGAGAACGGUGUGAAAAGGACAUUGACGAGUGCAGCUCUGAUCCCUGCCUGAAUGGAGGCCUCUGCCAGAACCUGCUCAACAAAUUCCACUGCCUCUGCGAUGUGAACUAUGCUGGGGACCGCUGUGAGAUCGAUUUGACAACUGACUUGAUCUCGAACAUAUUCACCUCCCUUGGCUCAGUAACGCUGGCCUUAUUGAUCCUCUUCUUGGCAGUUGUGGUUUUGGUCAUUGCUGCCAAUAAAAGGUCGACCCAAGGGACCUACAGCCCCAGCCGCCAAGAGAAGGAGGGCGCCCGCGUCGAGAUGUGGAGCAUGGUGCAGCCACCGCCAAUAGAGAGACUCAUUUAGAGGAAAGCUUUCCUCCAUCCUGGAAGAUGAAUGGAUGUGGACAAUGUACACAGGUUAGAUAUGUUCAUUCACAUUCUGCUACUGGGAGCACCAGUUGUCAAGAUUACAGUGACUUUGAACUUUGAAUAUUUUCCUUUUAAGUACAAUAACAUUUAAAAUCUUCUAGAAUUUAAGUGAACCAAUGCCAUUUAUCAUUAUUUUGGGCCAAUUUGUCCAAGGACAAUUUUUAUUUGCACUGAAAACUUCAGCCUUGGUAAUCUGCAGUAAGCAUUACAGACAGUAAUGGCUUCUGGGAUACUUAUAAGUGCCUGUCUCAGACACAACAUGAGGAACAGCUUCUCGUUUGUGUUUCCUUUACCUGCCCAGCAAUCGCUGCAGAAGACAAUGCAGACAAAUCAAACAACCCUGUACAAUAAAGACAUAAUUCUGUUAUCUAAGGGUUUAUCACUAGAACUGUGUUUCAGCAUAUUCAUCUGUUAAUCGGGGAUUAAAAGGAAGCUUGCAAAAACUCUCCAAAAUAAAUGUUUCCUGUUUAGUUGGUUUCCUUUCCUUCAAUUCUUUCAUUUUCCCUGCUGCCACUAAUACCUUCCACUGAAAAGAAUUCCAGUUUACCCCUCUGACAAAUCCACGUUUCUCUGAAUAUAAAGACUAUGUCUUAAAAUACCCAGCAGACAGAACCUGACCUUACAGAAGACAUAAAACCAAAACAUCCUAAACAAAUUCUGCAAAGCUAUAUGCUGCCAUUUUCUCAUUAUGAUAUUACUUGAUGCUUCAUUUUAUAAAAUUAUUGCAUCUCACUUUACCAAAAUACAUUGGCUGCCAAAAAGGCAAGCGUGCUAAAAAAGUUUUCCAAAGCUCACAGAAAAUACAAGCAGCAGCUUACAGGUAAUGCACCAACUUGGAAAUGAUGAAAGAGUGACUCAGCUCUGACAACAGCAUCGGCGCUUCUCGUGGAGUUCAGACUUUCACGUUAACAUGAGAAAAUAAAUUUUUGUGUCUGAAUGUUCCUCUUUCAAAACAGCAGUAAUACUACUGUAACCCUCAGUAGCAAAAUGAUUGCAACUGUUUGUUGAAAAAGAAACAAAUGUGUAAAAAGGAGUGGAAUAACUGCAAAUGUUUGGAAAAGAUACUGUAAUGAAAGAGACUUGAGAAUCUUCAAGAGCAUUUAAUGAUUAGUUGUAGAGAGGAAAGAACGUGCCCAAAAUAUACUUAGGUUAAGGUUUUCUUGAACUGCAGGGGCAGAUUAUCGCAGUAAUUCAUCCAGCUAACUUUCACAUGCAGUGAAAAAAUGAAAGCAAUAACACAUUCCUCCCACACAAAUUGAGCCAACAAUAAAGAGGCAAGAGAGUGGAAAGUUCUUUAGGGCAUUUUGUUUUUCCUGCGGCUCAGGUUAUCUGUUCCUGCCAUUGUGAAACAUCCCAGAUGCAUGCAUCAAACCUUCAGUGGCUAUUCUAGGAGUUGCAUAAUAGAGCAUGCACACUCAGCAUCCAAGAGUUUUAAGUGAUCAUUUUAACUCAUUUUAACAUUUUAAUUUUAAAGAUCAAUUCAUAAUUCAUUUUGAAUGAACUUCUAAGUGGACUACUGAAUAUUGAUGUCAAUCACAUUUAUUUCCUUAUUAGCUGAUUAUCAGUAAUUCUGAUAGUAAGCACAUUCUGGUUCUUUUUGCAAUCUGAACAGAUAUCUUUCAAAACAAGACACUAUAGUAAAUGAGACCGGAUGGUGGGAUUCAGACUGAGUUAAAAGAGCAGGACGUUAAGGGUGGAAUGCCAUCACAGCGUGAAUGCACAACAGAUUUUACUUGAGCCCAGUCUACAGCUUUACUACUGAAGCUUAAGAUUUUGAACGCAGUCAUUGUUGUACAGUUGCAGUUUAAAUCCUGAGUGCAAAUGGCAACUAAGGAAAGAAAGAAAGAAGUUAACAAAAAUAUGGUGGUAAAAGAGAGAGAUUCAAGGAAGUUCUUUUGAAAUAUGGCAUUACAUAGCAAUGGCUGUAAAGCUUUUAGUCAAAACUCAUUUAGCCCAACAUUUGCCCACUGCUAAGGAAUAAUAAAGAAGGCUAUAAAGUUUGUUAGGCAUUAUAAUUUCUUGAAAUGGAUAUAUAUUUGGAAAAAAAAAAAGAGCUUGAUUCUAAGAGUGUACAGCUUGAGUUUGAGGUAGAUACUUCUCAGCAAGAAAGACAGCAAAGAACUGCGUGUGAGGAUGAGUAGUGAAGUGGGAAUGUUUCGUACAGUUUCUUACACAUGUGACUUGAGGCUCACCAAAAAAGAUACAAGGGAUGCAAAGUCAAGGCAGCUUUCCAGAUGGCAAAGAUGCACCACAUAAGCUGUGAGACCAAGAGAGUGAACAAAAAGAGGACAAGAGGAGAUGGAAGGCUGCAGGCUGGGAAGGGCCUGGGGAAAGAGAGCUUGGAAAGUGAGCGGGAAUCUAGAAGCAGGAACUGGAAGGAAAGAGCAGCAGUGGCUUUGGAACAGUAAAGCAGAUGCAGAGAAUGUGCUUCCACAUAUCUGCUUUAUAUUCCUGCAUUUUUGCUCAAUGAUAAUGGUUGUAUAGGCUAAAAGGAGGAAAAAAAUGAUAAAGAUUUCAAGUGAAUAGCAGAGAUGGCAAAAGAAAAUAAACGUGAAAGCAGUGGAAGGAUGUAAUAAAGAUCUAACUUUGAAAUCAACCCUUCUUUGAGCAGGAGGUUGGAGUAGAUGACCUCAGGAGGCUUCUUCCAGCCUAAAUUGUUAUAUGAUUCAAAGAAAAAGGACAACAGAGAGAAAGCAGCUGAAGAUGGAGGUCAGUCUCCAUGGAGAGCUAAUGUGAAGGAAGUUUUAUUGUUCACAGUGAAAGACACAGCAAGGAGGAAGAAGUGGCUCGAAACUCAUUCUGCCCUGCUUGGGGGAUGGACUUUCUGGAUGAAAUCUUGGAAACAGUGGGAAAACAAUCUGUAAUAACACAUUCAGGAAAGUGUUGUCACAUAGAGAAUCUCCAGGGCUGAGAAAGAUACACAGCAAAAGGUACAGAGAGAGAAAGAGACGAAGAUGAAAGUCUGAAGAGUUUUCAUAAAGACCAAAGAGAGCUCUGGAGGAAUACACUACAAAAGAAUUAAAAAGACACCCAUAAAAGCACAAAACAUGGAAAAUUCUCACAGUGAAACAUGAAUGCGGUUUGUAGAAGGAAAGUCAAGAAGAGAGAAAGCAAGGGGAAAAACCCUUAAACUAGGAUUAGAAUAAGUCAGGUGUGACUGAUGUCUGUCUCAGUGGAGGAUAAAUGGUGAAAAUAGGAGUGAUGAAAAUUCUUGCAAAAGUAAGAGGAGAAAAGGGGAUGAAAGCAGAUGACACUUGUGGAGAGUGGAGGCAAAAGCUGGAUUACGGUCUUUUGAAUGCAGCAAGGGUAAAGCUGGGCAUUCAUAACAGUGAGGUCAUGGAAAAGAGAUAGAGAGGAUGGUAGCAAGUCAGGAAAUGAGGUCUGCCUAUUGAGGCAGAUUUGUGUAGGAUAACUUUGAGGGAGUGACUUUUAUUGCAAGUGGAGAUUAAAAUGUGAAAUAUUUUAAUUGCUAUUUACAAUCUUAUGGGAAACAAACAAGAAAAAGCCCCAAAGGCACAAAUUCUGUUCCAAAUAUACUUCCUGAAAAGUUGAAUUAAAGAAACAUCAUCCCAAGAAGGCAGGGAGUCAGACUCUGCAGUUGGAAAAGCCUCACAGCACCUGGAGAAGCACAAAAAAAUCCCAAAGCUGUGGCUACUUAGCAAGCUGUAGUGACCAUAGUGAAGAAGCUUGACCAUUUUGGGCCAUAUCUCAGCCAAGAAAAAACAGUUAAAACAAAGGGGAAUACAUCAUAUAGAGCGUCCAAUACCAUCUUUACUGAAAUUUCAACCAAGGAUUAAGCAGGUGGGCAAGCUAUUUACUGUUUCUCAGACUGUGUUUAUAAUUAAAUACAAAGUGAAGCACACAAGGAGGAGCAAUUACAUCUAUGAGUUGUGGAGAGCACCUGUAACUCCAUGCAGAAGACCUAAAAUACUCUGAAAAUGCGAUUUCUAAAUCUCUCUCUUUAUUUGACUCAAAAGACAAAAGUAAAAGAAUUUGUUCAUAAUCACUUGCAGCCUAUCCUUUCAGGAAACAAAUGCACAGUAUGGCCCCAAACCUUACACAUUUGAAUUUUCUCUUUAUGUCUACCAGUCUUUGCAAAUAAGAAGGUGCUGAAUUAAAGCACACGACCUGCUCUGUGCCAUAUCCCUCUGAAGAUGCACAGAAGCAUGGAGAGGAGUAAGCAAUUGACUCCCCCUCCUUUCACAGUCCCUUCCCUUUUCUUUUGGAAAGAGGUGACACCCAGCCUGUGAAGCAGCAAGGAGAGCCUUCAGACAGUUAGAGGAAAGUUUACAUUAGCAAGAAUAUAAAUAUUGUGGCUGCAACAAUUUGGCCAGCUCCAAAUUACCAUUGUGUAUCACUGUGUUAUGUGCCUUCUCCAUCUAAUGUAAAAUUAACUGUUCCUUCUCUGCGUGUACGUAGUAUGUUUAUAGCUUUGAUGGUGUAUGUUACUAUUUUCUGUGUACAGUAUAAAAAUGACCAAUAAAUAAGGAUUAUAUGGA